AUGCAACGAUAUAUCGUGAGGCCUUCUACCUCUUACGUCCCUAGGCUGACUCGAGCUUUCGCACAAAAGGUCCAGUCUAGAAAUGAUGGUGAUCAGAAAUUUAAUGUCAGUGCGACAUUCCCAGAUGACUUCGAGGACUCGCCUUUGAAGUCCGAGAUCCUUGAGAGGCGAAACCGAAAUCGGGGGAUUGACGACUCGUAUCACCCUACAAUGGACGAGAUCAUCGAAAGUCUUCGAGGAAAACCGCCUCCCGAGGGCGCGAAGAAAGCCAAGUCCGCGCAGACGAAGCAGGAUCCUGUUCGAGAGGAGCGAGAGCCUGAGAUUGAUGAAAUGUGA